AUGGUCGUAGCACAGACAGAAGUCGUCAACGGCGAUGUCUCAUCCCUCUCCAAACAGAAACUCAACGGCAAGCCUAUAAAAUCCAAAAACCAGCUCCGGCGGCUAAAGCAGAAACAGAAGAAGCAGCUCGAGCAAGAAAAUGUCACUGCCAACGGGAUUCAGAAGGAUGAAGAGCGAGAGGAUGGGGAGGACAAGCCGUCCAAUGUCGAGUACGUGUCUGAGCAGCUGGAUAUCACCGACGCCGGCCUUGAAGCGUUUUCCGACGUCUUUGCGCGCUUUCAGCUCCCUCCUGAGGAAUCUACGCAGGGCAAAUCGACCGACGGGACGAAUAAAGGCGAGGUCAUCUACUCCGACGACGACAUGGCCUCGGAGGGUGAUUCAGACACGGAGAAAAAGCCCCUCUCGAAGAAGAAGGCGCGCAAGCUCUCGCGGCUGACCGUCGCUGAGCUCAAGCAGCUCGUCAAGAAGCCCGAGGUCGUCGAAUGGACAGACGUCACCGCCGCGGACCCGCGUCUCCUCCUGCAACUCAAGUCCUACCGCAACACCGUGCCCAUACCCAUCCAUUGGAGUGCCAAGCGGGAUUAUUUGCAAGGGAAGAGAGGUAUCGAGAAGCCCCCGUUCCAGCUGCCGUCAUAUAUUGCGGAUACGGGCAUUGCGACAAUGCGGGAUGCGGUGAAGGAGAAGGAGGCGAAUAUGAGUCUGAAGGCGAAGACGAGAGAGAGGGUGCAGCCGAAGAUGGGCAAGGUGGACAUCGACUAUCAGAAGCUGCAUGAUGCGUUCUUCAAGUUCCAGACGAAACCGCCUGUAACUGGGUUUGGGGAGAUGUACUACGAAGGAAAGGAAUUCGAAACAUCAUUAAAAGAAAAACGACCUGGAGACCUAUCACCAGAACUCGUUGAGGCUCUGUCUAUCCCUCCGCUGGCACCUCCUCCUUGGUUGAUUAGCAUGCAACGAUUCGGUCCUCCUCCGAGCUACCCUACACUACGGAUACCUGGUCUUAAUGCUCCCAUUCCUGAAGGUGCUCAGUGGGGCUUCCAUCCAGGUGGAUGGGGCAAACCACCGCUUGAUGAGUAUAAUCGGCCGUUGUAUGGUGACGUGUUUGGUGUCAUGCCCAAGAUGAACGAUUCUGGGGCUGGCGAACCAAUUAAUAAAGAGGCAUGGGGCGAGCUUGAACCAGAAGAAGAGGAGGAAGAAGAGGAAGAAUCAGAAUCAGAAGAGGAGGAGGAAGAGGACCAACCUGCUCCAACGGAUGGCACACAGACACCAUCCGGCCUGGAGACACCAUCCGGCAUGACGAGUGUUGUUUCGACUGUUGCCGGCGGCUUGGAGACACCAGACUUCCUGGAGCUGAGGAAAGGACGAACAGUGUCGGAAGCAGUCGACUCCGGCCCAAGGUCGCUGUACCAGGUUUUGCCGGAGAAGCAGACCGCGGUGCGCGGCCUGAUGGGAAGCGAGCGUGGAUACGACGUGAGCGCCGUGGCUGGUGCGCCCAUCCCCGUGCUUGGCGACGAACGAGGCACAAAGCGCAAGAACGGCGUGGACGUGUCUCUGGAUGCGGCGGAGCUGGAAGGAAUAUCGGAGGAGGAUCUGCGCCGCAAGUACGACACCCACUCGCGGGGGAGUGCUGGAGUGCCUGGAGGGCGAGGGGAGGACUUUUCGGACAUGGUGGCGAAAGAGAUGGCGAAGAAGAAGCAGAAGAUGGACCGCGAGAGGGAGGGCAAGAAGAGCGGGAAGGAGUUCAAGUUUUGA